AUGGCACACGCACUCAUCCUUGGCGCCUCGGGCAUCUCAGGCUGGUCCCUCCUCAACCAGGCCCGGACCUACCCCACGCCCACGACCUUCGCCCGCAUCACCGGCACCACGAACCGCCCUCUGACCCUCGAACAGGCGCGGCUGCCUGCAGAUGACCCGCGCCUGGCCCUCGUGUCCGGUAUCGACUUCACGAAGAGCGUGGACGAGGUAGCGGCGGCGCUGAGGGACCAGGUUCCCGACGUGGAGACUGUUUCUCACGUCUUUUACACGGCCUACAUCGACGUAGACGUCUCCAAGGGACAAGCGGUGGCGACAGCAGCCAACACGGAAUUACUCGCCGUGGCGGUCAAAGCAGUCGAAAAGGUGUCGCCGCGCCUCGCCUUCGUCGUCCUGCAGACGGGCGGAAAGGGGUACGGCCUCAUGUACCCUGACAAGGUGACGCUACGCACCCCGCUCCGCGAAGACGCGCCGCGGAUCCCGCGGCCGUGGGCCGACGAGGUGUUUUACUACGCGCAGCACGACCUGCUGCGCGACCUGUCGCGGGGGAAAAACUGGACGUUUUCCGAGAUCCGGCCGGACGUGAUUGUGGGGUUCGCGCCGACGUCGAACGCGAUGAAUAUGGCGAGGGGCAUUGGGAUCUAUCUGUCUGUUUGGCGGCGGGUUUUUGGUACUACUACUACGGGAGCCGGGGGCCUCGGGUCCGGAAACCGAGUGGAGGUGGAGGUGCCGUUCCCGGGGUCGCUGUGGAGUUACCGCGCCACGCAUACGGAUACCAACCAGGACGUGCUUUCCAAGAUGGAAAUUUUCGCGGCGGUGGUGAAUCCGGAAGGGUGCGGCGGGGGAAGAGCCUUCAACGUCGCGGACGGCGGGGCGGUGAUUUCGUGGUCGGUGGUGUGGCCUCGGUUGUGCGAGCGCUUUGGUCUCAUCGGGGUGGCGCCGCCGCCGCCGCCUCCGUCCUCCGAAGCGGCGAUCGACGCCGAGGCAGGGACGGGCACCGCGUCCGGAUCUACUGCCCCGCCGCCGUCGAUGAAGGACUUUAUCGCGGAACACGACGACGCGUGGGUCGCGCUGGCGCGGGAGCACGGGCUGGAUGAGGGCGCUGCUAGAGAGUACAAUUGGGAUUUCCUGCAUGUGAUGCUGGUGGAGUGCGACUUUGACCGCGAGUACGAUCUCACGCGGGUGCGCGAGGUCGGGUUCGAGGAGGGGGUCGAUACGGUGGAGGGGUAUUUUGUUGCCUGGGAGCGGAUGAGGAGUGCGAAGCAGUUGCCGACAGUCUAA